UGUUUACUGCAAGUUGACGUUUUUCUGAAGUUAUUUUUUUAAUUUAUUUGAAGAGCUCCCGAGGCUCCCAUAGUGUUUGUGCGACGCUAGCAAGUGCAGCGUGCGGCAUCAGCAGCGAAUAGCCGGUUUAGCGCGCAUAUGGGCCGUGAAUAUAAUCGACACGAUAACGGAGUUCGGAAUCAGGUGAUCUUGCGUCAGCCGUGCGCACGCGCGUACGCGCCUAACCGCUCACGGCCGACACGCCGCUUUUGGCGUCUGACGCUCACACAUUAGUUCUCGUGUGCGUUGGAAAAAAAGCGUCCGCCGAGUGCCGCCUGUGAAAAACACAUAGCGUCCACGCGGCGGUGAGUAUCCGCGCCGCAGACCGUUCGCUGUCACUCCCUACAAUCCAUCCGAGUUCAAGAACAUGCCGCCCGCAAUCGCUCCCAACAACUCCCAGGAGCAGCUGAUGCGCCACGGCGAGCAGCGCGGAGAUGAUGCCGUCUCCGGCGGUGGCACCCUGCGGGACAUCAAACGCAUGGAAUGGGUCGCCAUCCUCAUCCUCUGCUUCGUCAAUCUGAUCAACUACAUGGAUCGCUUCACCUUGGCAGGCAUUCUGACAGAUGUGCAAGAUUACUAUAAAAUUGGGGAUGGCCCCGCCGGCCUCCUGCAGACUUCCUUUAUCCUAAGCUACAUGAUCUUCGCGCCGUUAUUCGGCUAUCUGGGCGACCGGCAUAGCCGCAAGUUGAUAAUGGCGUUUGGCGUAUUCCUCUGGAGCUUGACUACAUUCAUCGGCUCCUUCAUGGAUAAUUUCAUUGCCUUCACAACAUUCCGCGCGCUUGUUGGCAUUGGCGAAGCGAGUUACUCCACUAUUGCGCCGACGAUCAUCAGUGAUCUUUUCGUUGGCGACAACAGGAGCAAAAUGCUGGCGAUGUUUUACUUCGCUAUCCCAGUCGGAAGUGGUCUGGGAUACAUAGUUGGAUCGGAAACAGCAAAAUUGCUCGAGGAAUGGCAAUACGCGCUAAGGGUGACACCUAUUUUGGGAAUUGCGGCUGUGUUGUUGAUUCUCUUCGUGCUGAAGGACCCCGAGCGGGGUCAGAGCGAAGGAAGUGGUCAUUUGGCCACUAGCCCUUUAAAGGAGGACCUCAAAGCACUGUCAAUUAAUCGGAGUUUCAUCCUGUCUACGAUGGGAUUCACAUGCGUUGCCUUUGUUGCUGGAGCGCUGGCCUGGUGGGGCCCGAAGUUGCUCCAUUUGGGAAUGGCCGCUUCUGGAAAUGGUGGCGACCAAGAUAGUUUGUCAUUAAUAUUCGGAGCGAUAACGAUCGUUGCUGGGAUUCUCGGCCUUCUGGCGGGUUGCUUAUUAAGCCAAAAAUUGAGUCAUAAAUAUCCGAAAGCCGAUCCGCUCAUAUGUGCCGGCGGACUGCUGGUGUCGGCGCCGCUACUUUGCGGCGCGAUGUUCACUAUAGACAUUAAUCAGUACCUGUGUUUCACACUGCUCUUCCUUGGUCAGGUCUCGCUCAAUCUCAAUUGGGCAAUAGUCACUGACAUUCUAUUGUACGUCGUGUUACCGACGAGGAGGUCAACAGCCGAAGGCGUCCAACUGCUUGUUUCUCAUGCGUUGGGCGAUGCGGGAAGCCCCUACUUAAUUGGAAUCAUAUCCGAAGCGCUGAAAGUAUCACUUCGAUCCGACUCGAAAUCAUCUACGAACACCGAGGAGUCGGACUUCCAUGCGCUGCAGUAUGCCUUGCUACUGACGUGCUUCAUUGAGGUGCUCGGCGGAUUCUUCUUCCUGCUAAACUCCUUCUUCAUCGUCGAUGACCGGCGACGAGUUGAUGAGGCUGUGAAAGAAAAACUAGGAGAACCAGCGCGACUACUAGCAGUCGAUACCGAUGACACUAGACUAGUCGAUUGAAUGUGUAACAUUUCCUACAAUUACCAUACGCUAACCGCCGCAUUCGCCUAGCCACAACACGAUUACAACUCACACGCCAGGGGCGCAUGACUGAGAGACGUUCUUCGUGUACCAGUGGUGUGCGCGAGCCGGUUGUCAGACAACCACUCGAAGAGUGUGUGCUUGUUCGAAGACUUUAGCAACUCGAAAACGUUAAUCAUGUGCGGGGCAAUCGUAGGCUGCGAGCGUCAUGCAAUAAAUCGAGUAUUAUUUGUUUUUCCAGUGCCGCAGUCGUUGGAGGAUGGCAAGCAGAGCCAAUCCAAAUAACGAAAGACAAAGGGACCGUGAAUCAAAUUUGUGAAGACCGCCGCACCUUUUACAUUGCGCACUGGCUUCUUUACGAUGAAGCGCGGCGUCUAGUCUAUUACAAUUCGAGUUUCCACUCACACUGUAAAGAUACGGCAUUAUUAUAUAAAUAUAAAUAUCUUAUGUAUGUCCAAAAAACCAAACGAAAGUCAACAUCAGCAACACCGGCGGGUAUGUUUACCUUCGGUACUCGUAACUUGUUGUGUAAUUUGAUGUACAAUGUAAUUUGCUCAAAGCGUAUCGUCUGCCGUGUACCCGGAGCGCGAUAAGUUAGUACUUUACUAUUAAUAUUAAUGUAAUUAAGUUAUUGUAUUGCGGUGCAAAGUGCGUGCAGCGGCGCGUCUUUGCAAAUUGUGAUUGUCAGCAAAGAUGAGUGAAACUCUUUCAGCAACGUCCGAUAUUUUUCAUUAAGUUAAUUCUAAUUGUUAAAAGACAUUAUGUUGAAUAUGAGUGUAUAUUUCUUCGCUAGAGUAUAUUGGAAGUGGCGAAAUCAUCUAGCAAUACGUAUUUAUAACCUAUCUUAGCAUAUCAGCCUUGGAAAAUGUUUGGUUUCCAAUUCAUUUUUAGCUGUAAAUUGCAAAUAGUUUGAAUCGUGCUCUCCGGAAGAACAUCCAUUCUGUCUGUUUAAGUUAAGUGUAGCAGAGUUAGCAUUAUAGUUCCAACCAAAUAUACUACUAUCAUACUUUUAUAUCUACAUCUAUGGAAGAGAAAACGUAUUCAUUUAUGGAGUUGGUGGCGAGGCAUCAGGUUUAGAUUUUGAUUAAUAGAAAGACUGAUUUUGUAAUGAAAAUAUAAUGUUUCUGUUAAUGCUGAAAUUGAUUGCAACUUUUAAGUGGAAUAGAAAAUACAUCAAUACAAUUUACAAUCA